CCCCUCUCAUGGCUACAAUUGGUUGCUAACUGCAAUAGGAAUCAAUUUCACACACGAUACCAACCUGUGAUCUUGCUUUUCCUCGAGACAUCGCGAGGAAGCCAUACCGGUGCUCCCCGAAUCAAUCAUCGGAAUUCGGAGUUCCAGAAGACAGCAAUAUCGAACCCUUUGUCGGAUCAUGGGUUAUCCCACCCAUAGCUAUCACCACCCAGAGGAAUCAGCAUGAUUUGCAACGGGAACUCCGGGCCUUUGAUCUCUUUACCCAGAUCCUGACACCAACUCCAGAAGUUUCUUCCACAGGGUAGGGCACGUUCACGGCCUUGUUGAACCCAGGAGUCAAGAUGUAUCGAGGUAUAAGAUGGGCAUCUUCCUCCAGUAGAUAUUCGAAAUCAAGCCACCAGACAGCUCAAUAUCCAUUAAAAACAAAAACAUAGUCGCAAGAUCUCUUCAUAAUGAAGCUCCUACUCAGCAGCCUUCUCCUCGUCCGCUCAGUGUCGGCCUUUUACACUGUCCUCGCCGAGAGCUACACCCCAUCGGACUUCUUCACCAAGUUCAACUUCUACACUGGCGCCGACCCCACCAAUGGCGUGGUCAGCUACAUCUCUCAGUCAGCCGCCAGCUCCUCUGGGCUGAUCCGCACCGAUCCCACCAGCGUGUACAUCGGCGUCGACACCACCAACGCCUACCCGAACGCUGGCCGCCCCAGCGUUCGUCUCGAAUCGAAGAAGACGUUCCAGCGCGGGCUCAUCAUCCUCGACGCCGCGCACAUGCCGGCCGGCUGCGGCACCUGGCCAGCAUUCUGGACUCUCGGCUCGACCGCCGACUGGCCGCAGGCCGGCGAAAUCGACAUCGUCGAGGGCGUCAACGAUGCCACGACGAACAGCAUGGCGCUGCACACCACCCCCGGCUGCGUCAUGAACGGCGGCGGCGGCACCGGAAACAUGCUCACCAAGAACUGCGACGUCAACGCCGCCGGCCAAGCCUCCAACCAGGGCUGCGUGUUCUCCGAUCCCCGCACGAUGUCGUACGGCACCGGGUUCAACAACAUCGGCGGCGGACUCUUCGCCACUGAGUGGAACAGCGCUUUCAUCAAGGUGUGGUUCUUCCCGCGUGGUCAGGCUCCCGCCGAUAUGUUCACUCCCAACCCGGCGCCUGAGAACUGGGGCACUCCGGUCGCCGUCUUCCAGGGAGACUGCAAUAUCGACGAGAAGUUUAUGAACCACAGGAUCAUCAUCAAUACGACGUUCUGUGGAGAUUGGGCGGGGAGCGUGUGGGGUAAUAGUAGCCAGUGUCAGGCUAAGGCCAGUACCUGCGCAGAGUGGGUUAGGAACAACCCUGCGGCGUUUUCGGAGGCGUAUUGGAGGAUCAACAGUGUGAAGGUUUGGAGCUCGUGAGGAAUAUUUGGACGGUGGAUAGGUGGACAGUGGAUAUGUGGACGGUGGAUAUGUGAACGGUGGAUAUGUGGACGGUGGGUAUGUGGCCGGUGGAUAUAUAUUUGUGAUGUUUCUUAUGUAUGUAUGUUUUAUACUGUGUAUUAUACAAGCACUUGAUGUGUUUUCGUACAACGUUAGGAACAGUAUUCAACU